CGGUAACAGGCGCAGGCUUUCGGCGGAGAGUUGUGGAAGUGUGCGUUUUUUUUUUUUUUAAUCUCUUUGGGAGACUUCGUCGGUAGUUGAAACUUGUGGCCAUUCGUGUAACAUUGCAUUCUUCGGAAUGAUGGAUUUCCUUUGGGAGAUAGGAACGGAAGUGUUUACGGAAGAAAUGUUUUUAAGAGAAAUGAAUAGAAAUAACCCAUUUUGAGGAAGCCAUGGCAAAAUCAAUUACAAAACACAGAGUUUGUUCUCGGGAAUCUUCAGUAUCUUCUCUGCUAGCAAGCUGCAGCCUGAGUGGUAGCAAUUCCUCUAACUCUGAUGGCUCUUUUCAAUAUAAGGAUAAACUGUAUAGUUCUGCCUCUCAGGCUCUACAGGCCUAUAUUGAUGAUUUUGAUUUAAGCCAGAUGUAUCCUGGUGCAAAAACUGGAAAGAUUAACAACAAUAGGUGUUCUGCUCAUAUGCCAGAAUUCUCCAACUAUAUUUGUAAACCAAACAAUGCUUUUGAAAAUGUUGAUCACAAAAAAAGCUCCUUGUCCUUAUCCUGUAGAAGAGAGACUGUUAAUGACAUAGACUCCAUUAGCCUAACAACUGAUGAUCUGUUAAAACUUCCAGCAGAUGGAUCAUUUUCUUUUGCUUAUGUUGGAUCAAAUCAUCGAAUUAGCAAGAAAAAGAAGAAAUGCAUUGGAAGACUGAGUUCAUCAGAUACUGAGAAGAAUACAAAUUUUCAAGAACCCUCCACUCCCAUGUGCAAGGAUAACUUAGUUACUCCCGUUGUAUACACAAAUAUAAAUGGAAAGCAAUGUGGUAGGCUGAAAAACCCAAAACUUGUGAGUAAGACUAAUAAAUGCGUUUCUGAACCAUCUUUACCUUUUCCCAAGAAAUUGUCUUUCGAGGACAGUUCAGAACACAAUCUUGAAAAGAAUUACCCAAGAUGGCUCACUAGCCAGAAAUCGGACCUUAAUGUUUCAGGGAUAACUAGUAUACCUGAUUUCACCUACCCAGUGUGGCUCCACCAUCAAGACUUGCUACCUGAUACAAAUAGUCAAAGGAUAUAUAAAAUAUUUAAAGAAGAUCGGUGUUCCCCUAGACAUAGUUACCAGGCACAAAGAACUUCUCGACUUAUGAAUAAAUUAGAUUGUUUUGAAUAUUCUUUUGAACCCUCAAACAUUUCAGAUUCCUUGAAUGAUGAUAAAGGAUUGAUUAAUGAAUGUAAAUGUGAUUCUCAACAUAGCCAGUGUCAAUGUGAGAAUCCAGUUCUCCCAGGACAAAGCAAAAAGCCAUUCAGUGGUGACAAAAUUGAAUUGCUUAUCCUGAAGGCCAAGAGAAAUCUAGAGCAUUGUGCUGAAGAGUUACCGAAGUCUAAGAAAAAGGAUGAUAGUCCUUGUUCAUUAGAUAAACUUGAAGCAGAAAGAUCAUGGGAAAAUAUCCCUGUUACUUUCAAAUCUCCUGUUCCUGUUAACUCUGAUGAUAAUCCUCAACAAACUUCAAGGGCAAAGUGUACUAAAGGGUUCCUCGAAGAUUUUUUAAAUAAUGAUAAUCAGAGCUGUACCCUUUCUGGAGGGAAACAUCAUGGACCUGUUGAAGCCCUGAAACAAAUGUUAUUUAAUCUUCAAGCAGUACAAGAAAGUUUUAAUCAGAAUAAAACUGUAGAUCUGAAAGAAGAAAUUAAGCAAGUUUCAGAAGACAAUUUCUCUCAAUUACAGUUGAAGGAAAGUAUGGUUCCUAUUACUAAAUCACUUCAAAAGGCUUUGCACCAUUUAUCUCGCCUGAGAGACCUGGUUGAUGAUACCAGUGGGAAACAGUCACCGAAAACAUGAAGAGGAAAAUAAAACAUUCCAACUAAUAAAUAGUCACCACAGAACAAAAAUGUAUAUUUUUCCUAUUCCUUAAACUGACAAAGAAAUUAUAACUCAUACAUUAUUCUGUGAUUGGUUCAAAUAUUAUAUGUUUUUUUUAAAAACCAAACUUGAAAGUGUGCAUAGAUUUUGUGACCUAUUCUCAUUUUAUGCCAAAAUGCUAGAAUGUGAACUUGAAGGACCCACACUGUGUCCUCCAGUCUGAUUUUGGUUUUCAGGCCAGCAUAUGUCCUAUAUUCAAAGGUGGAUGAUUUCCGUUCUUGAAGCUUACAUGGAUUUAAUCUUCUUGAACAUCCUCAUCAUUUUAUCAUCUGUUUCUGGAUUAUUAACAAACUCUUCUUGGUUUCUAUCCAAAGUCUCUUAAGUAGACUUUUUGAUAAAAUUAACAUCUACUUUUAAGUAGCUUAAAGGAAUAUCAAAGUUGUUAUGGUGUAUCUUAUCCAUAUAGAGUAUGUUAGUUUUAAUUUUCCUAAGUAUUUAAGAUAUGUUGUAUUUGCAAAUAACAUUAAUUUAAUAACGGGGUGACAUACUGCUAAAGGAACGUUGUUUUAUGUUGUGAAAUCCAAGAGAAAACCUCAUUUAAUUGAUAUUUUGAUUUUGAUUCUGUGUAAGAUUAUCUUGGUCUUGAUAGCUUACAAAGCAUUUCAGGGGUGUAUAUUUGAGAAUUUAAUAUUUUGAUACUGAUUAUUUCCCAGACUUUAGUUUUGGGGUUAGCUUAAACUAAUAAAAGCUAUGAGAUCAGUGACCAAUUACUUCAUGCAAUUUGACAAAUAAAAUGAAUAUGGAAAAUCCAAAAACAACUCUGUAUUAUGAAGCUAUUUUGUAAGAACUGAACUUUCUUUAAAGCAAUCUGUAGUCUAAAGUCUGUAGCUGGAACUGAAUUGAGCUCUGUAAUUUUGCAUUUUCUACCAAGUAAACUUCUAAUAAGCAAGAAAGCAUCUUUACCAACAACACUAGGAAUUAAGUCAUAAAAGCAUAUUUUAAAAGCCUGAUGAAAUGAAAGAAUAUCUGUGUGUUUAUACAAAUAGUACAUUUUAACAUGUCCAAAUUGUAGCAUCUUUGUUAGGUAGUUUUACUGUCAGAUAGGAAUUUCUAAGUACAUUGUGUUGAAGAAUUUUUUCCCCCAAAUUUAAAUAUAGACCUUUGCUAUAGAACUUACACAUCAAAGACUAUAGAGGGAACGUUGUCAUUUUUUUUUUUUUUUUUUGACCAAGGAGUCACCACCAUGCAGUUGUUUUUCCCCAGUUUGAGAGUCACUUGCCAUUAAGUUUGUUUUGUUUAGUCUGUGGAGGUAUUUCUGACAUCAACAUUCUAUUUUCUGAUUAUGAUCUUCUGCUUUAAAACAAAUAGUUUGCAUACACUCAAACAAGGCAUUACUUUGAUGAUGAAAGUACAAUGGAUGUUAAAAAUGCGGAUUUUAAGUAGGUGAACAUGAAGCCAAUUUGGGUUGAUUAUGUUCCAGUUUAGCUAAAUCUUCUGUUAGACAAAUUCCAAUGGAGGCAGAAGAGAUGAAUAUAUCAUCAGGUAAUAAACUUCUAAUCGCAUAUAUGUUGAUCAGACCUAGUAUUUAGUAUUUGCCUAUAAAGCAUUUCCAAAGAGAUUCUGCUAUAAUGACUGAAUCGCACUGAUUUGAUUAGUGCUGCCAUUUGCAAGAAAAUAGCUUCAAUGCUAAGUAAAAUAAGCCUUCUAAAUUUUUAUAACUAAUAUUUUAAGAAACGGUUGAUUCUACUUGAUUAUACUUACGAAAGGAGUAUUUUUCCUUUGUGUUAAAUAUGGAAGCUUAGUCAUUUUAACCUAAAAUACAAAUUAACUUUACUAAAGUGAUUCCAAUUAAAAAAAAAAAUGUAUAGGAGAGUCAACUAAGAAAAAUCUAAAUGAUAAAUGUUCAUGAAAUUCGCUACAGAAUUGAUUAAAUUACAUGUUAAACGUUUCAGUACUUUUUGAGUUUUCCAGGAGUGAGAGGAAGGCAACAGUAUUAAGACUGCUGAAUUGGAAAUUUAAAGAAGAUAAUGAGCACAAUUAUAGGUUUUAAAAGUUGCAGUGUGAAUAUAAAUUUUUAUCAACCCCUUUCUUUUAGGUGUAUUUAAAAGUGUUAGGUAGAAAAAGAAUUUUAAUAAGACAUUUCAGAUUUUUAGUUGAGUAUGAAAAAAAUUGAACCUAAUUCCAAAAUUUUUUUGAGAUCAAGGGAUAAAAGUGCAAUGAGUAUGUGAAGACUCAAAACUCAACUGUAUUUUCUUUAAUACCAGUAGGAGCUUUACUUUCACUGUUCUCUGUGUUAGCACAUUUCUGUGUCCUAGAGAUUUCUGACCAAAUUGAGGAACACUGUCUUGGGUUUGUUUGGAUUAUAUGUCUUUCUAUGUUAUUUCUUGUUGAAAUUUAUAAAUGUGGAUUUUUUUUUUUUUUGUAUCUAAAGUUUAAGCUAACAUCUUGUUAACUUAUAUAUAGUUAUACCAAAAUGUUUUUUGAAGGUAAAUCAU